AUGACAGAGAGUAAAGAAAAGCCAGAAAUCGGACAUGUUGAUAGCACAAUUCAUUAUAAUAUAAAAGGGAAUGAGUUAAUAGAUAUUAUUGAACAUAGAAAUAAUGAAAAAUAUCAAAGACUUGGUGGUAUUCAUGGUUUAUGUGAAUUAUUAAAUGUAGAUGAAAAGAAAGGAAUAGCAUUAAAUUCGAUUACAAAAAGGGUUCAACAGUUUGGAAAUAAUUUAUUACCCCCCGCUGAAAGACAAAGUUUCUUUGAAAUAUGGCAGGACGCACUUGGAGAUCAAACGCUGUUAAUUCUUAUUGCGUCUGCAGUCGUUUCUCUUAUAUUGGCUUUUAUUGUACCACAUGCUAAAAAAGAAUGUUCAAGUAAUAUUGAUACGGAGCCACCAGAUUACUAUGAAGGAAUUGCAAUAUUAGUUGCAGUUUUUGCUGUUAGUUUAAUUGGUGCAUGGAAUGAUUAUUCGAAACAAAGCAAGUUUAUUGAAAUUGCUUCAAAAGAAACUGAUUGUUCUGUUAAAAUAAUUAGAGAUGGUGUUCCAAUGGAGUCAACUUCUUCUCAAUUAGUUGUUGGAGAUAUUGUUUAUUUAUCUGUUGGAGAUGUAUUACCUGCUGAUGGUAUUUAUUUAAAAGGAAAUGGAGUUAGAAUUGAUGAAUCAGAAAUGACUGGAGAAUCUGCUUCUGUAAAAAAAUCAGAAGACAAUUUUGUUUGUUUAUCAGGAUGUACUGUUACUGAUGGAAAUGGUACAAUGGUUGUUGUUGCUGUUGGACAAAAUUCACAAUGGGGAAAGUUAAAAGGAUAUGUUAAUAAAGACAAACAAAGACCUACUCCAUUACAAGAAAGGUUAGAUGAAUUAGCUGAAAAUAUUGGUAAAAUGGGUAUGUUUUGUGCUGCAGUUGUAUUUAUUGUAUUAACAUUAUGGUGGUUUUAUAAAGCAAUUACAUUUACUGGAUAUGUUCAACCUGAUGACCAUUGUAAAUUAUGCUCUCCAACAGAAACAAACAAUUGUGUUGCUGCAAAAUUUAACUGGUGGAGAAUUACUGAUUUAGUUGAUUAUUUUAUUAUUGCUGUUACUAUUGUUGUUGUUGCAGUACCAGAGGGGCUUCCAUUAGCAGUUACUGUGUCUUUAGCUUAUUCAAUGAAACAAAUGAUGGCAGACAAUAAUUUAGUAAGACAUUUAAAAGCAUGUGAAACAAUGUCAAAUGCUACUUGUAUUUGUUGUGAUAAAACAGGAACUUUAACUGAGAACAGAAUGAGUGUAACUAAUAUUUGGAUUGGAAAUGAAGUUAUGGAAGUUGAUCAAACCAAUAAAAUACCAAUAACAGGAGAACUUCUUCAUCAUUUAAGUGUUAACAUUGGUAUUAAUACAUCAUUAUCAUCUAACAUUACAUCAUCUAAUCAAGCCAUUGGAAAUGAAACUGAUUGUGCUUUGUUGUUAUUUUUAAAAAAGAUAGCAAUGUCACCAUCAUUAAUAAGAAGUACUAAUACUAUUUCAAGGCAAUGGGUAUUCAAUUCAGAAAAUAAAAGAAUGGACACAGUUAGUGAUAAUUGUAUUUAUUCAAAAGGGGCACCAGAAAUCAUUAUUGGAGAAAGUAUGUAUUAUUUAAAUCAAAAUGGAGAAGAAGCUGAAUUUUAUGAAGACCAAAAAGAUCAAAUUAAUCAAAUUAUUGACCAAUGGGAAAAUAAAGGAAAACGGGUUAUUGCUCUAAUUUCAACUGUUUUAUAUGGUGUAGGUACGCAAUCCAUUGUUGUGUCAGUUGUAGAGUUGUCAAAAUCAUUUCCUUUAUCUUUAAGUUCAUCCAUCACACCAUUAACACAUAACACAUCUUGUUUAGACCUAAUUGAAUUUAAUCUUACUUCACGCUCAGUUAUUGAAGGAGCUUGA